AUGUCGUCAGGGGAAGGGCAUAGAAACGCACAUGCCCCCAGGGGCAGGACACAACCCCAUGUGUUGCACAUGAUAAACAAGCUACCUCCUUCCUGGACUCUGACGCUUAACUUCUUCUAUGGCCAAGUUCGGUCUGAGUCUCUUUGGGUGCGCGCAGAUCCUGAGGCUAGAGAGAGGGUCUCCCUGCGGGGGUCCUUCAUUUGGGGGCUCUUCCGGGAUUCUUGCGACCACCCAGAGACCCCAGACCCACUUGGAGUUUUAGUUUUACGGAUGCUCAGCGAGUCUGAGGUUUCGUGGAUAAGGAUAGACGUGUCCGGGGGUCCACCGUCUGAUCACCCUGGGAGACGUCCCAGGAGCCGGCACGACCAAAUGAGCCACACGUUGCUGUGGGGCAACCCUUGGUGGCUGGUCCGCUCGAACCAGGACCAGCCGGGGGAACCCGGAGCCAGAAGGGCUGCAGUCCAGAAACUGAUCGCCCCUCUGAACCACGGUCCCUUGCCCUCCCCCUCUGGGCAAUGGGGCCCCCGCCAGGAGACGACCAGCUCCCCCCCUUUACAGUAUUGGCCUUUUUCCUCAGCAGAUCUCUAUAAUUGGAAGACUAUGCACCCCUCUUUUUCAGAUAAUCCCUCUGCCCUGACGGGACUCCUUGAGUCCCUUAUGUUCUCUCACCAGCCCACCUGGGAUGACUGUCAACAAUUGCUCCAGGUCCUCUUCACAAUGGAGGAAAGAGAAAGAGUCGUCCUAGAAGCCAGAAAAAAUGUCCCAAGGGCAGAUGGCACUCCCACCAAUCUCCCUAACCUCAUAGAUGAAGGGUUUCCACUGACCAGGCCAUCUUGGGACUUCAAUACAGCGAAAGGUAGGGAGCGUCUCACAGUCUACCGCUGGGCUCUAGUGGCAGGUCUCAAGGGAGCCGCAAGGCACCCCACCAAUUUGGCUAAGGUAAGAGAGGUUAUCCAGGGUCCAGCUGAGCCGCCCUCGGUCUUCCUAGAAUGCCUAAUGGAGGCUUAUAGGAGGUAUACCCCUUUUGAUCCAGCUUCAGAGGGGCAGCAGGCAGCUGUAGCAAUGGCCUUCAUUGGACAGUCAGCCUCAAACAUAAAACGUAAGCUACAGAGUCUAGAGGGGCUUCAGGAUUAUUCGUUGGGAGACUUAGUGAAGGAAGCAGAGAACGUGUUUCACAGGAGAGAGACAGAGGAGGAGAAGAAGGAAAGAGAAAAGAAAGAGAUGGAGGACAGAGAGAACUGGCGUGAUCGCCGGCAGGAGAGAAAUUUAACUAGAAUAUUGGCCGCAGUGGUAGGGGAUAGUAUAGCAGAAAGAGAAAGAAAAAGGCAGACAGGGCACCUGGGUGACAGGGCAAGAAGAAUCCCGAGAAGCCAAGACCGCCGCUCGAAAAAGACCAGGGAGUGCCCGAAGAAGCAACCCAGGAAGACCAAGGUCCUGACUUUCAAUGAUUAGGGGGGACAGGGCUCCGUCCCCCUCCCCGAGCCCAGGGUAACACUUUCAGUAGAGGGGACACCCAUCAACUUCCUGGUGGACACAGGAGCUGAACAUUCAGUAUUGACCAGGUCCUUAGGACAAUUAGGAAUGAAAAAGACUAUGGUUGUGGGGGCCACGGGCAGCAAAUUCUACCCCUGGACUACUGAAAGGAAAUUGGACAUUGGGAAGGGCCAAGUAACUCACUCCUUUCUGGUCAUCCCUGAGUGCCCUGCGCCUCUCUUAGGAAGAGAUUUGUUGACCAAAUUAAAAGCACAAGUUCAGUUUACCCCUGAGGGACCCAAAGUGACUUGGGGGGAAGCCCCUGUGACUUGUCUGGUAGUUGAAAUCGAGGAGGAAUAUUGACUCCACGAAAUGAAGCCUGGAGAGGCAAUUGCUUCAGAGUGGCUUACCCAGUUCCCUGAGGUCUGGGCUGAACAGGCAGGAAUCGGCAAGGCUAAACAAGUACCCCCAAUAGUGGUGGAACUCAAAGCGCACACCUCACCUAUCUCGGUAAAACAAUAUCCCAUGAAUAGAGAAGCAAGGGAAGGCAUUCGUCCCCGCAUCCAGAGACUGAUGCAGCAAGGAGUUCUAGUACCCUGCCGAUCUCCCUGGAACACGCCCUUGCUGCCAGUGAAGAAACCUGACACCGGUGACUACCGGCCAGUACAAGACUUAAGGGAAGUCAAUAAAAGGGUCCAGGAUCUGCACCCUACUGUGCCUAACCCUUACAAUCUACUGAGCUCUCUCCCACCAGAGCGGGUUUGGUACACAGUGCUAGACUUAAAAGAUGCUUUCUUCUGUCUCCAAUUAUACCCCAGCAGCCAGCUGAUGUUUGCUUUUGAGUGUAGAGAUCCAGAAGGGGGACACACUGGGCAACUAACAUGGACUAGAUUGCCCCAAGGAUUUAAGAACUCCCCCAUGCUUUUCGACGAGGCGCUCCAUAGAGACCUGGCCCCUUUCAGGACCUGGAACCCCCAAAUCUCCCUUCUUCAGUAUGUUGAUGACGUGUUACUCGCAGCCUCCACCAAGGAAACAUGCGAAGAAGGAACCAGAGAACUCCUAAAGGAAUUGGGUGAGUUGGGCUACCGGGUGUUGGCCAAGAAAGCUCAGUUGUGCCACACCAAAGUGACAUACCUAGGGUAUGUCCUGAAAAGCGGCAAGAGGUGGCUCACAGAAGCCAGGAAAAAGACUGUGGUCACCAUUCCCGUCCCCAAGACUCCACGGCAGGUACAGGAAUUUCUGGGGACAGCCAGUUUCUGUAGACUUUGGAUACCCAGGUUCGCCUCUCUAGCCGCUCCCCUGUAUCCACUACACAGGACCGAGCUCCCUUUGCUUGGAUACAAAAGCAUCAAGAAGCUUUUGAAAAAAAUCAAGACUGCUUUACUCACAGCACCGGCCCUGGCUCUGCCGGAUCUAACUAAACCAUUUACCCUGUACGUGGACGAAUGUGCAGGAGUGGCUCGAGGAGUGCUAGCCCAGACCUUGGGACCAUGGAAAAGACUGGUAGCCUACUUAUCAAAGAAACUUGACCCAGUGGCAAGCGGAUUGCCUAAAGGUUGUCUAAAGGUAAUAGCGGCGGUUGCCCUCCUGGUAAAAGACGCUGACAAACUUACUCUGGGGCAGCAUGUUGUUAUAGUCGCUCCCCACACAUUAGAGAGUAUAGUCAGGCAGCCCCCUGACCGUUGGUUAACCAAUGCCCGAAUGACACACUACCAGAGUCUCUUGCUAAACGACCGCAUAACCUUCGGGCCACCUGCCAUCCUCAUCCCCGCCACCCUGCUCCCAGAGGCAGACGGAUCCCAGCCAGUACACUCGUGUACGGACAUCUUAGCUGAGGAAACUGGGACCCGGAGAGACUUGACAGAUCUGCCCUGGCAGGGGGGCACGAACUGGUACACAGAUGGUAGUAGCUUUAUAGUGGAUGGAAAAAGGAAAUCCGGAGCAGCCGUAGUGGACAGAAAGCAAGUAAUAUGGGCUAGCAGCCUUCCUGAAGGAACUUUGGUGCAGAAAGCUGAACUGCAAGCCCUGACAAAAGCCCUUGAGCUGGCAGAAGGCAAAAUUAUUAACAUCUACACUGACAGCAGAUAUGCGUUUUCCACCGCUCACAUUCACGGAGCAAUCUACAAACAAAGAGGGCUCCUCACAUCCGCUGGAAAAGAAAUUAAAAACAAGGAAGAGAUCCUUGCUCUCUUAGAAGCCAUACAUUUGCCGAAGAAAGUAGCUAUUAUUCAUUGUCCUGGACAUCAAAAAGGAAUUGACUCCGUGGCAACCGGGAACAGAAUGGCAGAUCACACUGCUAAGAUAGCUGCACAAGGAACUGUCUCCUGCGCCUUAUGUGUGCGACAAGAAAACCCUCCACCAAAGGAAGAUAAUUUCAGUCUAAACUACACACCAAAGGACUGUGAGGAAAUUGAAAGCCUAAAAGAAAAAGGAUUAUCCAGCGGAUUUGACUGCCACGGGAUUGCAAAAAAUAAAGAUAACAAGAGCAUUUUACCUUAUUAAGAAGGUAAAUCCUAUGUAAAAAAUAUUCACCACCUGACACACUUAGGAAGAAAGAAAUUGUGCGAACUGGUGAAAGCUUCCAAUUAUCACAUACUCAAACUACAGACUAUAACAGAACAAGUAACUCAGUCUUGUGAAGCCUGUGCUUUAACAAAUGCCCACCACCUGCUUGUAGAACCAGGAAAAUGGCUGCGGGGAGACAGACCAGGAGUCUUCUGGGAAGUAGAUUUCACAGAGAUCAUACCUGGUAAAUAUGGCAAUAAGUAUCUUUUAGUUUUCAUAGACACCUUUUCAGGAUGGAUUGAAGCUUUCCCUACAAAGUCCGAAACCGCCCAGAUAGACAAAGAAAAUUCUAGAAGAAAUUCUGCCCCAGCUUGGGAUACCCCAAGGUCGGCGACCUGGUCUUGGUCAGGAGACAUCGAGCCCAGGUGGAAGGGACCCUACCUGGUACUGUUGACCACCCCAACAGCUGUGAAAGUAGAUGGGAUUGCUGCCUGGGUCCACGAGUCACACGCAAAGAAAGCCCCUCCCGGAGAGCUUGAUGAUGAAUGGAAUGUGGAGACAACUGAUAAUCCUCUUACGCUUCACCUACGCCAUCACCCCUGCCCAGCACGGUAA